UGGCGGCCCGCUGUCAACAAAUCCGCGGCAACUCCUCAAAACUUUAUCAUGCUGACAACACGUGAUUUAGCUCCAUUUUUUGCUGCUCAUGAAGUAGAAUUUUGUUGCAUUUUAGUAGGAUUACCGAGAAGGGUUAUUUCAGAGUUUGUAAAUCGUGCUGUGCUGAGAAAAUUGAGACAAAAUGGACGAGAGACACUGGUGGAUCGCUACGAAGAUCCAGGAAUCAUUCCAUAUCGGCGGGUUUCACGACAACCCAACGCUGUUGGAGGAUUUUCUCUGCGAGCCCAAAACGCUCGAACUCAUCAACCAAUUCUUGGGCACGGGAGGGCCCAACAAGCUCUUCUUCUACUCCGACAGACCCCAGACGAGCUCUCUCUUUCCAAGCGGGCUGCAGAGCACGAGACAGCUGCACGUCGUGAGCUCCCUGGCCGCGUUGAAAGAGGUGAACAUCGAGGACACGACUUGUCUGUAUUUCCUCCGCCAUCAUGUCAACCACGACGUGGACCCCGUCCACAUGGAGAAGGACAUUUUCUGCGGGGAGCUGCGGCACAGCGUGUUGGACAACCUCAACACCUUGCUGUCUGAUAUUUACUUGCCUUUGCUUCGAGCACAGAAGGACUGGGGCCAGUGCAGCGAGGAGAAUGUCUCGCAGUGUCUGAAUAGCCUGGAGAAAUAUGCCGGGGCACUGGCAGAAACGGUCAAUGUUCCUGCUUCAGGAAGACAGCAGAGUCAAAGGCGACAAGUUCCAGUGGACUUGGUCUUGAGACGUCCGGAUAACAUGGUGAGCCAGGAAUUUAGUAAGCAUCGGACGACGUCUUACGACCACAGUAUCAUUACGGAAUAUGAGGCCUUAGUGACAGAGUGGAUCUCCACCAUCGAUAACGCCCUGGCUGACGGUGGGGAUGAAAGGUUCAUGGAUCCCACCUCAGGCCCCAUGAGCGAGCUGGAGCGAUGGAGGAGACGGCAGAGGAUGCUGUCCAACAUCAUGGAGCAGCUGAAGGGGAAGGAGUGCAAGACAGUCAUCGGGGUCCUCAUCACCUCCAAGUCCAAAGUCCUCAAAAAAUGGAAGGCCAUCGAUGCAAGUAUCACUGAUGCAGCCAACGAAACUAAGGACAAAGUCAAGUAUUUGGAGGCCCUGCGUCGGCAUUUCGAGCACCUCUACCACAGCGCCUCGCCGGCCGACAUCAUCAACACGGCCCUGCCCGGUCUGGCCAAUAACGUCAAGCAGAUGGAUUCCAUCUCCAGAUUCUACGCACGCUCUGGCUAUCUGGGGCUGCUCUUCACCAAGAUAACCAAUCAGCUUGUCAACGCCUGCAAGGAGUACAUCACGGCUGAGACAAUCACCCCCUCCCAGGAGGAUUUGCUGUGGCCCAAGUUCUACACAGAGAUAGAGGGCAGGGUCCAUUCCACUGAUCAGCAGGGGAGGUCCAGGGCUGGACGGCGGAAGGGGAAGGACCAGAAGGCUGACCCUGAGGAUGACACGCUGCUAGGCCGUCUCAAGGCAUGCCUGAAGCUCUACAGCGUUUAUAGGGACACCGUGCGCACCCUGCGGGACAACCUGGGCGGAGCUCACACCCUCAUGCAGUUCCCCUCCAUCAGCUCCCUGGGCGCCCCUACCUCCAGGGUGAGGGCCCACUCCAGGGGCGCCUUGACCUUGAUGGGGAAGGCCUCCAAGACACCCUCGGUGGCUGGUGACUCUGAUCACGGCCAUGGCGUUCCCUUCACCGACGAGGAGUCCAUCUUCGGCCACAUGGAGUCCUUCUGUGCUCGCCUGCGGCAGGUGAUUGACGCCAUCUACACACUGGUGCAGUACAGCAAGCUGGGACUGAGCACCGAGGGCCUGCCCCGCCCACGGAAGGAGGACCUGGUGGUCGACGACGAUGCCACGGAGGACGGGGCGGAGCUUGCGGCACUGGGAGGUGGAGGAGGAGGGACCAAUCCCUCAGAGCAUAGCAGUACUCCAACCUUGGAAUCGCCCGUUAAACCAGUCAGUCCCACCAAGACCCCCUACCCUCAUGCCCCGGGCAUCCUCCCUAUUGUUGAGGAAGAAGAGAAUCUCAAUGGGGAUGAGGAAGAGGAGGAGCAUGGAACAAAGGAGGGAGGCAAGGAGGAGAACACCGAAGAUCCCAUGGAGAGCGAGGUGCCGUCCAACGCAGACGAAGUUCAUGACCUCAUCCACGGCAGUACGGGUAUCACUGCUCACAAUGCAGCUCUGCUCAGGAAGCUCUACAGCACAGACAACGCCGAUGACGAAGGCCCCAGCAUCUCCUCCAUUGUCAAGGACCACAUCGCCACCAUGAAGAAACUGCUGUCCUCCCACGUGGACACGGCGGUCAUGCUGGACGUGGAGGGCAAGGAAAAGGAGAAGUUCGGCGAGACCUACGAGGAGUUCCUCGGCACCGUUCAGCAGAUCGAGAUGUACCUCUGCGCUUACCUGCAGGCCGUCUUCCUUCGAAGGAUGAAGACACACGAGGCGUUGGACGUCAUCACGAGGUUCACCCCUGUUGCGUAUCGUCAGGGAAUGAAGAGAGCCAUCGCCGAGAAAUACGUGGACAUCUUCAACUGGUACGAGGCCGAUCUGGAGGAGGUCAAAAACAUCUACGAGAAGUAUAAGGAGGAGCCCCCGAUGAUCCGCAACGCCCCGCCGGUAGCCGGCGCCAUCUCCUGGUCCCGCCAGCUCCUCCAGCGCAUCGAGGACCCCAUGAAGGUCUUUCGCGACAACCGGGCCGUCACCCACCUGCGGGACUUCUCCCGCGUGGUGCGGUUCUACAAUCGCGUGGCCACGGCCCUGGUGACAUUUGAGAGCCUGUGGCUGGCCCAGUGGAGGGCGCACAUCGAUAACGCCAAGGCCGGGCUGAGGGCAACCUUACUUAUCAGCCAUCCCGAGACAGGACAGGUGGUGGUCAACGCAGAUGAAGGGGUUCUACAGUUGAUCCAUGAGUGCCGCUGGUUAAAGCGGCUUGGCAUUGACAUACCAGACUCGGCCCAGAUGGUUCUGAAACAGGAGCAGCGAUUCAAGAGCUACUUCAACCACCUAGAGCUCUGCCUGAAGGAGUUCCAUGACAUCGUGGCUUCCAUCCGAGACCCCAUCCGUAGCCUGUUCAAACCCCACAUCAACAGCGUUACGGUCACCUUGCAGCCCGGCUUGACCACAUUGGCUUGGAACUCCAUGAACAUCGAUGCAUUCCUGCACCAAGUCCACACUGCGAAUGCCAAACUGAAGCACAAGGUGGACACUGUCAAUCACGUCAUUGACACCAAGGUAGACGCCAAGCUCAAGAAGAUCAGCGAGCUCUUCCUCUUUGACACCGAUCUGGCCUUCAGCAGGUCAUGGCCCCCGGAGGAGUUCACACAGGCCAUGUUGGACAGUGUCGGUGACCGUAGCGCCCAGCUCCACGACUUGGCCACCGAGAUCGAGGAGGCUGUCCAUGAGCUGAUCAACAUCCUCCUUGGCCGGGCCGCCAGCCCCUCCCACCACAGUCCACGCCAGAGCCUCAGCGCCAGCUCCAGGCGCCACUCGGGCAAGCAGGCAGUCAACCUGACCCCCCGGACCGAGGCGUCCAGUGGCGACACCGGAGACGACAUCGUCAUCAGUGACAUACUCUACCACUACUCGGAGUUGGUCUACCAGGCUGUCACGUCCUCCAUCUGCCGUACUCUAAUCACCCUUGCCGAGGCCGCGGGCUGCGAGGGCAUCAUCGAGGCCAUCAGUCGCGAGCUGGCCGGAUCCUCCUCCCCACUGCCCCCAGACGGCCGGCUGGACGACCCCCAUCUCCCCUCCACCCCAGGCAGGAGUCGCAGCCGGCCCAGCACGGGCCGGUCAGGGAUGUCUGGCGGCAGACACAGCCGGGCUAGCACGGCCCUGAGCAGGGCCACGUCCUCACUGUCCUUCCUGUCGGACAUGUCGUGGACCUCAGAGAAGACGCAUGAGAUCACGUACCUCAGGUUUGAGGUCGCUGUGAAGUUCUCCAUCCCCAACAUCAUCAUCUCCCCGACCCUGGAUGCCGUCAAGACUGCCUUGGCCCGCAUCGCCGAGGUGGUCCUGAACACGGCCGACAAGAUCUGCUGGUGGGCGGGAGGGGACAUCGGGGAACCCUUCCUGACCGAAGUGGUUCAGGAGCCGGCCAUCGAGAGCACCAUGAGGAAACUAGACGGCGUCGUUGAAGACCUUCAACGCGUCGUCGACAAGCAUCUCUUCCACUUCAAGUUCUACGAUUUCCUCUGGAAGGAUGAUAUGUACGCGGCCUACUAUGAGUUUAUCGAUAGUGAUCCAGGUACCUUCGCCGUCAAGAGAGAAGUGGAGCGGCUCUUGCACAUCGAGGAGAAGAUCCGGGCGGUCCCGGCCGUGCUGCCCGUGGGCUCGGUCUGCCUGGGGACCGCGCCCAUCACUGAUGCCCUGUACGGAUUUGCCGUGCAGUGGAAGACGCAGUACGCCCAGGUGCUGCAUGAGGAGGCCAAGAGGCGGCUUGACCAGGCUGUUAUGUACCGCAAUGGCAUGCGGGCCAGACUGACCGCCGAGGUGGUAACCCUGGACCAGCUGAAUGGGACCCUGAACUGGUUGGAGGAGGUCCGAGACAUGGAGAACAAAGUGGACAAGAUCUACCUACCCAUAGAGACCAUGUAUGCCGACCUCAGGAGUUACAAACUUCGACUUCCUCGCUCGGAGGUGGAGGAGGUUGAACAGCUGAGAGACAAGUGGCAAGAGGUCAUUGACCUUGCCGAGCAGUGCCGAGUCAAACUGCUGCGGGAACGCAGGGGGGCGUUUGAGCAGGAGCUGGAUAAGCAAGUCAAGCUCUUUGUUGUGGAGGUCAUUCAAUUCCGUAACAGUUUUGACUCCCAAGGGCCGGCGGUGCCUGGUGUCCAGCCAGCAGAGGCCGUGUCCAGACUUCACGAGUUCCAGGAGAUCUUCAAGCUGUACGACUCCAAGCGCAGGACCCUGGACUCGGUCUCCAGACUGUUUGGCAUCAUCUGCAAGCCUUUCCCCGAACUGGACAAGACCGGAGAGGAACUAGACCUACUUGGCCUGCUGUAUGGUCUCUUCCAGAAGUUUAUUGCCUUUGACUCUCAGUUCAGGGACAAGCUGUGGGCUGACGUGGAUCUGGAGAAAGCAAACCGAGAGGUGGAGAAUUACUGGGAGGAGUGCCAGAAUCUUCCGGACAAGCUCAAGGACUGGGACGCCUACAACGAGAUGAAGAGCUCCAUCAAGUUCUACCUGGACGUCUUCCCGAUACUCCACAAGCUGGCCUCCAAGGAGAUACGCAAUCGUCACUGGCUUCAAGUGAUGUCUGUGACAGGCAGCUCCUUCCAGUUGGAAGCCAACGUCUUCAAGCUGCUUCACAUCCUAGACAUCGGACUCAUCGAGCACCAGGCUGAGAUUGAGGACAUCUGUCGCUGUGCCAGCAAGGAGCAGGAGCUGGAGGUCAAGCUGCGCAUCACGGAAGAAGAAUGGACAGAGCAGGUCCUGUCAUUUGAGGAGUAUAAGAAACGUGGCCCCAUCUACCUCGAGAAGGACAACUCGGAGCACCUCCUUGAGCAACUGGAGAACGCCCAGGCUCUCCUGGCUAACAUGCUAACGUCCAGGUACAUCGGGCCACUGAGGGAGGAGGCAGCGGGAUGGGCAGAGAAGCUCAAAGGCGUUGCCGAAGUCCUUGAGCAGUGGUUAGAGGUGCAGGAUCUCUGGCAGUACCUGGAGGCAGUCUUCAGCGUGGGCCGCACCGCCAAGGAUUUGCCCCAGGAGGCCAAAAGGUUCAACCGGAUUGACAAGAGCUGGACCAAGAUCAUGAAGAGAGCCUACGACACCAGGAAUGUCUUGCAGUGCACCUACGGUGGGGAAGUACCCAAGGGUGUGGUCCUGCGACACAUCUACGAGGAGCUGGAGAUCUGCUUCAAGUCGCUGAUGGGCUACUUGGACAAGAAGAGGCAGGCCUUCCCCAGGUUCUACUUCCUGUCCGACCCUGUCCUGCUGGCCAUCUUGAGCCGGCCGUUUGACCUCGAGUCAGUCCGACCACAUCUCAGGUGCAUUUUCAACAGCGUCUACGACAUCCGACUGGAGCAGCUGCCUUUCUCCUUGUCUCAUAGCGCCAACUCCUCCCCGGAGAAGUCCUACCACAGCGCCCGGGAGCGACACCACUCCCCACUGCGGACCGAGUCCUCCUCUCAAGCCUACGCCCCCUCCUCCUCCUACCAGCACCACUCCCGGAUGACCCUUGGGGACAGCCUAGUGGGCGGGGCCGGGGGUGGGAUCCAGUCGGAGCAGCUGCUGCUGCAGGCCGUGGCCGUGGUCUCCAAGGAGACGGAGGUGCUGCAGUUGGAUGAGGAGGUAUCACUGAAAGACAGUGUAGAGAUCUGGCUUCAUGCCUUGAAGGAAUCCAUCGCUAAGACCAUCUACUCCAAUGUCUGUAAGAUGAUCGAGGACGUGGAGGCGGGCUUACCCAUUGAGGAGUUAGCAGGCAAGUUUCCCAUGCAAGUGGCCGGGCUGGGCCUCCUCAUGUACUGGACCAAGGAGUGCGAGCUGGGCAUCAUGGAGAUCAGGAAUGACCGCAAGGCCAUCGCCAACACGGCCAAGAAGUUCGGCACCACCAUGGGCCGGCUGUCGGCGGCGCUGACCAGGGGGACGUGGAAGACACUGGACGAGGGCAUGACGCCGCUGCAGAGGCUGAGACUGGAGAGUCUCAUCGCUCAAUCCCUGUACCUGCGGGACACGCUGGAGCACAUGAGUAACCGGAAGCUGCGAGAGAUUGGGGACUUUGAGUGGAGGCGUUGCGUCAGGUUCUACCACCAUCUCACUGCGGGCCGUGUGGACCCCCAGAUCUACAUGCUGGAUGAGCGCUUCACCUACGGCUCAGAGUUCUAUGGUGGUCAAGCCUCACUGGUGCUCACCCCUAUCACUGAGAGGUGUUUCCUCACCAUGGCCCAGGCCAUGAGGCAGUUCAAGAACUGCGCAGUCACUGGCGGUACAGGAGUGGGCAAGACAGAGACGGCCAAAGGCUUUGCCUUCAUGCUGGGCCAGUACCUGGCUGUGUUUGGAUGCUCCGGGCAGAGUGACCCCGCAGGGCUUGGGAAGAUACUUCAAGGCCUGGCGAUGGAUGGUUGCUGGGGUUGCUUUGACGAGUUCCAGCUGCUGCAGACCGGCGCCAUCGCCAUGGUGCUGGAUCACGUCCAUGCCAUCAUGGCUGCGGUGCGAUCCCGGAGCAAACAUUGCAUCUUGGGAGAUGGAGAAGAGGUGACCCUGAAGAGCGGCAUCUCCCUCUUCAUCACCGUCAACAAUGAGACGGCCCCGCCGGAGGGCAUCCCUGUCGACAUCAAGCUCCUCUUCCGCACCGUGGCCCUGGUCAUGCCCGACUUCUCCCUCAUUCUCAAGGCGCGCUGUGCGGCCUACGGCUUCCGGUCGCCCCGGAUGCUCGCCGACAGGCUCAAGAUGGUGGCCCAGCAGUGCAAGGAGCAGCUGACUCCCGACGAGCACCCGGUGUUUAACAUCAAAAACAUGAUCAGCGUCCUAUUGCAUGCCGUGGGACAAUGGCGCGAUGUGGAAGGGUCCAAAGAGUACCACCAGCUCUUCGGCAUCAGUGGGUUGUCCACGGCCGUCCAGCACGCCCAUCUCGGCCGCAAGUUGACCAAGGAGGAGCGGAUGGAGCUGUCCCGAGCGAGCUCCCAGGGGUCCAUCGUCCAGCCAGGGAGUGCAAUGCCCUCGGCGGCCAUGUUGAAGACCGUCGAGAAGCAACAGCGCAAGCCAGGGGUGCCCAAUCCUAUGACCCCCGCUGCCAAGGCCGAGCACGCAGUGGUCGCUCAGGCUCUGCAUAAUGUCAUCGGGCCCAGGCUCAAACCGGAUGCUCUGUACAUCUUCAACAACGUAGUCAAGGAUGUCUUCACAGCCAUGGGCAGCCCGCCGACGCCCCAGUCUAGCCGGGCGCGCCGCAACCACCUGAACGUGGAGCACAUGGUGGUGGACAAGGCUCAAGAAAACGGCAUCAUGCCCCACACCAACUGGGUCAACAAGGUCAUGCAGCUGUACUCCGUCUCCCAAGUCAACCACGCCAUCAUCGUCGCGGGUGGCCCGGGCACUGGCAAGUCCAGCGCCAUCCAGACCUUGGUGGAGGCACUGUCGGCCAUUGCCCCUGCCCACUCCCGCCAGUCCCGCAGCAGCGUGGUGUCCAGCAGCAUCACGGCCAUCAGCCACAAGCUGCAGCGCCUCAACCCGCUUGUGGUGGACGACCUGGCCCUCAUGUUCGGCCACCUCAACCAGAACCGGGACUGGGUGGACGGCGUCUUCACCAACAUCUGGCGCAAGGCCAACCGGAAUGUCAGCACAACUUGGCUGUGCCUAGACGGUCCCCUGACCCCCAGCUGGGCGGACAACUUCAACAGCGUCUUGGACAACGACAAGGUCCUGCAUCUGCACAAUGGUGACCGGCUCUUCCUGAGCGACAACGUCAAGCUGGUGUUUGAGACCGGUGACCUGACCAUUGCCUCGCCGGCGACCGUCACCAGAGCUGGCAUUGUCUAUUUGGAUAAGGACGUUCUGGGCUGGCGUCCCAUCGCUCAGGCCUGGAUGGAGAAUCGCAACCAGCAAGAAGUUCACUGUUUACAGAAAGCCUUCAACAAGACCAUGGAUGCUGUCGUGAAUUUUGUCCUGUACGAAACCAGACCCUUGGUUCCAGUCUGCGAAGUGGGUCUCUUCAAGAUGUGUCUGGGCCUGCUGACGGCCAUGCUCAACGAGCACGUGGAGAUUGGCGGCGAGCUGCACAUCGAGCGCCUCUUCCUCUUCUGCCUCAUCUGGUCCUUCGGCGGGCUCCUGGAAGGCAGUGACCGCAAGAACUUUAGCGACUUGCUGCGGACACUGACGUCGGCGUUGCCCGACUACGAUCACGACAUCUCCGUCUUUGACUACUACGUGGAUGAGUCUGGCGAAUGGGACCCAUGGCUGUCUCGCGUCCCCGAGGUCACCUAUACGUCCGACACCCACGACCUGCUGGGAGAAAUCUUUGUGGAAACAGUUGACACGAUUCGCUGUCGAGUGAUUCUGGAGUUUGCUAAUCUGUCCAACAUGCACGUCCUCCUGGUUGGACCUCCAGGCUCAGGGAAGACGGCCAUGAUCAACGACUUCAUCAACACGCUGGAUCCGUCUUAUCAAGUCACCAAGCGUCUGGUCUUCUCUGGCGCGUCUACUGCCUCCCAACUGCAGCAGUUUAUUGUGACCAACAUCCACCAUCGCAGAGGGUUUGUCUAUGGAGCGCGCGACAACAAACGGCUCCAGCUCUUCAUCGACGACCUCAACCUCCCCCCUGCCGACGAGCACGGCGUGCAGCGUUGCAACGAGCUCCUACGCCAGCUCCUGGACGACCGCGUCCUGGUCACGCUGCAGAAGCCAUUUGAGUGGCGUACCAUCCAGGACCUUGUGGUACUGUCGGGUCACACGCGCAACGUCUACCCUAGCGUCGGGAACAAGAAGAUGCCACAGAGGCUAUUGCGGCACUUUGCCGUGGUCAGCCUACCUGAGCCCCACGACUCGACGCUGACCGGCAUCGUGGACGCCAUUCUGGACGGUAACAUGCACAAGAACAACGGCCAGAGCCUGGCCCAGGAGCUGCAUGAGGCCAUAGUGACCGCCUCCUGCCAGCUACUGACGAAGGUCCAGGCCGUCCUCCGGCCCUCCCUAAUGCCUGGCCGGCACCACUACAUGUUCACCCUGCGGGAUCUCACCAAGGCCUUCCAGUGCCUUGUGCGCCUGUCCGAGGAGGCCCGAGGCGAGAUCAGCAUGGUGACGUCACUCUGGCAGCAUGAGGUACGACGCAUCAUGCAGGACCGGCUCUGUCGCACGGCAGACAUCAACUGGUUUGAGCAGACACUGGCGGACAUCGUCAAAACGCACUUUCCAGAAAUCCCUGAUGGUGAUAUUCUGUAUGAGGAUUUUGUGACAUUCCCCAUCGAGCCGAGGACUUACGUCCGGCCCGUCACUUCUCUCUCUCAGAAAUCUGUCAGGGUCGUCCUGCAGCCCGUGGAGCAGCUGGACAAGGUCCACCAGUGUGUCCACUCUCACCUGACCCGCUACAACGAGGAGUUUGGCAACGUCACCAUCAACAUCAUGCUGUCGGACGACAUCAUCCAUCAUGUGAUCAGGAUCCACCGCGUGCUCAGCUUCCACCAUGGGUGA